AAAGAUGAGGAAGAGGAGUGUUUAAUCGAGGAGGAAGAGGUGGCUAUACUUGUGGCUUUGGAGGAUGUCCCUGCUUUAGAAGAGGUUGAGAAGGCUCUACCUGCCUUGGUGGAGGAUGUCCCUGCUUUAGAAGAGGUUGAGAAGGCUCUACCUGCCUUGGUGGAGGAUGUCCCUGCCUCAGAAGAGGUUGAGAAGGCUCUACCUGCCUUGGUGGAGGAUGUCCCUGCCUUCAGAAGAGGUUGAGAAGGCUCUACCUGCCUUGGUGGAGGAUGUCCCUGCCUCAGAAGAGGUUGAGAAGGCUCUACCUGCCUUGGUGGAGGAUGUCCCUGCCUCAGAAGAGGUUGAGAAGGCUCUACCUGCCUUGGUGGAGGAUGUCCCUGCUUUAGAAGAGGUUGAGAAGGCUCUACCUGCCUUGGUGGAGGAUGUCCCUGCCUCAGAAGAGGUUGAGAAGGCUCUACCUGCCUUGGUGGAGGAUGUCCCUGCCUCAGAAGAGGUUGAGAAGGCUCUACCUGCCUUGGUGGAGGAUGUCCCUGCCUCAGAAGAGGUUGAGAAGGCUCUACCUGCCUUGGUGGAGGAUGUCCCUGCCUCAGAAGAGGUUGAGAAGGCUCUACCUGCCUUGGUGGAGGAUGUCCCUGCCUCAGAAGAGGUUGAGAAGGCUCUACCUGCCUUGGUGGAGGCUGUCCCUGCUUUACAAGAGGUUGAGAAGGCUCUACCUACCUUGGUGGAGGCUGUCCCUGCUUCAGAGAAAGAUGAGGAGGAGGUGGCUACACAUGCCUUGAUGGAUAAUGAGUACGGAGAGGAUGAUCUGUCUGUCUUUGACGAGGAAGAGUGCUCCCCAGAGGUGAUGUGUAGGCCAUGUAGUGUGGACCUCAGUCAGAGCAAAGUGCCUGUUGAAGUUCAUGAUGAUGAUGAUGAUGAUGAUGGUCCUAUAAAAGCUAGAAGAAGAGCUCAGAACACCCGGCAACUAAUCAGUAGCGAGGACGAGAUGACCGGCGAAACCAUGGAAACAGAACGGGAAGGAAGCGUCACUGAGGAAGUGGAAGUCGUGCCAUCACCGCCAAAAAAGAAAAUGGGCCGGCCGAGAAAGACUCCUAUUAUUAAAUACACACAGGUAGUGGUGCCCAACUUUGACCCGGAAGUGAUCUCGACUGAUGAGUUGGUUCCGGUUCCCGGGCCUCACCUAUUCUGGAGGAAUGAGCAUAGUCUGUGUUGGCUGGACACCUUGCUGGUAGCGCUGGUCCACCUUCACACCCUGAGGGACAGACGGCCCACCAAGAGGCCCACUGUAGGUCAACCUGUCUGGGACCUGUGUGAGAGUUACAACCGGGCCUGUGGUCUCAUCACAGCCUACCAACACACUGGUGCAGACGGUGUUGUCAGAGUGCCCUCUGCGGUGUUACAGAGGGUCCAAACUGAGAUGCAAGCCAUCAGGAUGUCCAUCUUUAGACUGCUGGAGCCCCUACUGAAAUGUAAACUGGGUCAGAAUGAGACACCUGUGUUUGCCCUGCCGCUCCUGCUCAGGGCUGACUCCUGGGCAGAACCUCUCUUCCAGCAAGCUUAUGAGUGGCAGUUUGAGUGUAUCUCAACAACUUGUCAACAUGCCACCAACACCAAAUGUAAGAAGACCCUCACCACUUUCACCAAGGUGCUUUCUGAUUGGCACCCUCUCAACGCAGCCCACCAGUCACGUUGCAGCAAGUGUAAUAAGAGGAAGCAGACCAGGAUGUUGGUGCUGGAGAGGGUGUCUCCUGUGUUUGUGCUGCACUUUGUAGAAGGUCUUCCUGACAACGACCUCUGCGUGUACUCCUUCACCUUCCAGCAGCAGGAAUACUCCGUCACCACAGUCAUACAGUAUGACCAGCAACUCAAGCACUUUGUCACCUGGAUACGCAGAACUGACGGAUCGUGGUUGGAGUUUGACGAUCUGAAGCACCCUAACUGUGUCUCCCACACCCAGCUGGUGGUCCCUCCUAAAGAAAUCCAUGUUGUCUUCUGGGAGUUGAAGACCGACAGACCGGACAACCCACAGACACCCUGCUCUCCCCCUGUAUCCCUGACAAGCACUGUACUGAUACACAAAGAACUGCAGCAACCUCCCUUAGCCAAACUCUUUGUCAACAAUGAAUCUCAAGACAUCUCUCAGACGGUCUCUGAUGAUGCGGACACUGACAUGGACACCACCAUAACUGCUGGCUAUAUUGAUAACGAUAUGGACGCAACAUUAACGAAUAACGUUAACUCUCCCAUCGCCAUCGGUUCCACCAGUGUGCUUCAUGGCGUACCGGUUCAAUCCUGUUACCACAACCUCUCUCUCCCCCUCCUUCACAACGACACAGCCAUUGUCGAGGCACUGACUGUGUCUGACGAUACCGACAACGACAUCAUGGACACCACGGUAACCACCGGUAAAGCUGGUAACUCGUCUAUUGGUAGCACCACACUGCUUGACACCUUCGAGGGCCUCUCCCACGAUGACGUUGUCACCCUGACGCUCGUAGAGGUCAAAGUUGGCUCUGAUGGGAGGGCGUUGGACGACAACGAUGUCUCCCUGGCUCCCAGGCAAAAUGGAGACCUCAGUCCUCCUCUACCUGCUCCUACACCUGAGGCUGAGAACCCUGCACCUGCCCAUGAAAUGCCCCCUGAAGGUGAAACGCCCCCUGAAACAGAUGUUGUCGUCAUCAAAAGGCCAUCGUCCCCUGAUACUGCCAGUGGGUUUCUCCUUGACAGCAGUGACGGUCCUUCUGAGCCCGACUCUGAAAAGCCCACUCCUCCUAGUCCUCCCAGACUCAGAAGGGGCAGAAGCACCAGCAAUAAAGCUAAAAUGAUUGCAUCCAACACUCCAGUUGCACCAGCAGCUAAGGUGGUCGCAACAACACCACCAAGAACAUCUACACCAAUGGCACUUCCUGGAAAGUGUGGUGGAAUAAUCCUGCCCUCAGUUGUAUCUAUGAUGUCACCGUCAUAUGUGGAACCCAGCACCCCAUCACCAGAGGCCCCUACUCCUCCUUCUCCCCCACCCCACUCCAAACCCGCUACUACCUCCACCUCUCUGCAGAGCAAACCCGGCCUUCCUCCACCCCCGGACCCCAACUCUCGCUGGUCCUACCUGCUUAGCCUCCACCCCACCUCCAUCCCCAAUCCCCCAAGACCAACCAGUCACUUCAAACACUCAACACCCAACCGGUUCCAGCAGCUUUCACAUAGCUGGCAGAUCCCAAGGAUGGCUCCCCCCAACCCAGACGCCAGGUUGAAGAAGCCUCCGCCUCUACCCAAACCCAAACUAAGUAAGGUGGACAACGAGGCCCUGCCGGUGAAGGCUGCCGAGAUGUACGGAGGGUUCCAGGCCAGAAGCAGGAUCGUAAAUAUAAACAUGAACAGCCCCUCCAAGACUUCAUCUCCCACCCAGCUUCUCUCUCAAAGAACUGACCCUCAAAAUGGCGCCUGGAAGAUACAGAGUCAACCUCCUGCCCUCGUCUCGCGAAAACCCCUUAUCAACCACACCACUUCAGCAGUGCCUAUUGUGACCUCACUUCCUCCCUCUCCAGGAGUCACGGAGAUCCCUAAAAUCUCUUCCUCCAGGAAACACAGCCCCGGCGGUCAGGUCAGUGAGACCGAUGCCCUCAGGUACAAGCUGCUGAAGAAGCUGAAAGCCAAGAAGAAGAAACUAGAGAAGCUGAAUCAGAUGCUGGGUAACCAGGGGGGUGCGGGAGGGCGGGGGGAAGUAACCUGCACACCAGACAUCACUGAUCGGAGUCCCUCCCACACCGUGAGCUCUAGUACCUCUGUCUACGACAGCCCCGCAUACGACCAGUUCUUUGCUGACCUUCUUUCGCCGGUGACGACCGCCAGCAACCUAUCGCCGGACAGCACAGGCUUGCUGGAGAUGCUGACCACCAAUGGGCAAGAAGGGGGCGGGGACUUGGCAUGUGGGGGGAAUGGUAUUAGUGGAGCCUCACAGGUGGUGACACCUGUGAUCUUGCAUCCGGCCAAUCACGGUGUAGUAGUGCCACAGCCUGGUCUAGCCGAGCCAAUCACGACCUCUGGUGAGAACUUCCUGGAAGAGUUCAUAUCAGGGUCGGCCAAUCAGCAGACGGAGAUGGAGACUGAUACCCUUAGUGCUCUCGACCUGUUCUUUUAGGCACGUUAACUACAGGUCUAGGAUCUGCUGACAACUCUUACCCAACCCCUAAGCUUAAACGUUGGGGGAAAUGCAAAGCUUACCUCAGAUCAGUGGCUAAGUCUACGUCUCAAAUGGCAUGAUAAUCCCUAUAUAGAGCCUCUGGUCAAAAGUAGCACCAUAGAGAUCCUAUUAAAUUAAACUAUUCUAAUUCCUAAUUAUAUGAGAAGUGAGCUCUAAAGGGAGUAGUGUGCCAUUUUGGAUGCAUUCAGACAGUUUCUAGUAGAAACUGCAUGCUACUAUUCCUUUCAGUCGGGAGAGUGUGUGUGUGUGUGUCUCUGCGUGUCUCUGUGUGUGUGUGUGUGUGUGUGUGUGUGUGUGUGUGUGUGUGUGUGUGCUUGGCAUCAAUGGGUUGUUCUGUUCUGGGUAGCAUGUGUUACAUGAAGCGGAAUCAAACUGCCAUUUUAAAGAGAGAGUUCACCUAAAUUACAAAGUGACAUAUUGGUUUUCUUACCCUGGAAGCAGUCAAUGGACAAGGUACGAUGGCGAUCCAUGCUUUGGUUUAGUUUCCCUGGCAUUGUUUCCACAUGCUAACGUUUGUGGCACAAAUCCCAUUCAAAUCAUGGGACCGAUUUAUUAUUUUCUACGCAUCCUGUUCAAAUCAUAUCUAAGUGACUUUGUUUAGAUUCACAAUGAAUUUUAGAUAAUUUUGGAUGGUUAGGACAGGAUGCAUGAAAAAUGCUAAUAUCGGUCCCUUGGAUGGGAUUUCUGAUACAAAUACUAAAACGUUAGCAUAUGGAAACAAUGCCAGGGAAACUUAACCAAAGCACGGAUUGCUGUCAUCCAUAGACCUGCUUACAGGGUAAGGAAACCAAUGCAUCAUUUUGUCAUUUGGAUGAACUGUCCCUGUAACUCUGGUAAGCACUUGGAUAUCGCUCAUGUUUUUUUUGUGGUUUAUCAAGAAUGUUGGAGUUGAACAUGGAGUAAUGUUAAUACUCACUGAGGUUUUGUCCAAAAUGACACCCUAUUCCCUACAUAGUGUCCUGCUUUUGACUAGGGUCUUUAGGGAUCUGAUCAAAAGUAAGUGUACUUUUUUUAAAAAGGGAAUAAGGUGCCCAUUUGUGAUGGAACCAUUGUACUUACAGGUUCUGAGGCUUUAAGGGAGAUUAAAAAUGGAGGUUGUUUCAGAGUAUUCUGGAACGUUAAUAGACCCAAUUAUUUGAUCCUGCUUUGUGGAAAAAAACUCCUGAAGACAACAUAUGCUGUUUUUGUUUGCUUUUUAAAAAAUGUUAGUUUGUCUGAAUUACUUGAAAACUAGGUGGAAAAAGCCUGACAUCUAGGAUAAAAAUAUGUUUGUGUUUUAUAGGGUGGUUCGAACUCUUAUCUUUUGAAUGUAUUUUUUGUAAUAAAAAACUGUGACAGAGUUCUAAAAUGUUGUACUGAAUCAGAUACUGUAUGUAAUUCUAAUAAAAUAUUCUUUACAUGGA